AUGGCUAGUAUCUUUGCUGGAGAGCAGCUGACAAGCUUUCAGGAGCCUGCAGCCCAGGCACAGUUCAGCCCCUUUGAAGAUCUAUAUCAGAGGCCCAAGGUGCAUGAGACGGCGAGAUAUCGUUCUUCUGUAUGGAAUGAUGUGUAUCCACUAUUCCUGCAUUCAACAUCCGCGCGCUGUGCUGCGAAUGAGCGACGAACUGGACGGUCAGCGAAGAUGCUAAAUUUCGUAAUUUGGAGAAAUGUGUCGGAUGAUGGAGACACUGUAGAAAAAGUCUCCGGAGCUGAAGGAAUGUCCAUCUACAAUUAA